GUCUUUUUAAUCAAUUAAGACUCGGUGAACUUGUCGUCGCCAUUGUUUUCUUCUUCUUUGUUGAUUUCGUCGGGCUUCCUUCUUCUCCCUGAAAUUCUCUCUCUCUUCUGGAUCGGAGCUGCGUCGAUGGCUUCCAAGCGAAUCCUGAAGGAGCUCAAAGAUCUCCAGAAAGACCCUCCUACCUCCUGCAGUGCCGGCCCUGUAGGAGAGGACAUGUUCCACUGGCAAGCAACAAUAAUGGGUCCCUCAGAUAGUCCUUAUGCAGGCGGAGUGUUUCUAGUAACUAUCCAUUUCCCUCCAGAUUACCCAUUUAAACCCCCUAAGCUAGCGUUUAGGACAAAAGUCUUCCACCCAAAUAUCAACAGCAAUGGCAGCAUUUGUCUUGACAUUCUAAAGGAGCAAUGGAGUCCAGCCUUAACCAUUUCCAAGGUCUUGCUUUCAAUCUGUUCACUCUUGACGGACCCGAACCCAGACGAUCCCCUGGUGCCAGAAAUCGCUCAUAUGUACAAGGCUGACCGGGCCAAGUACGAGGCGACCGCAAGGAGCUGGACCCAGAAGUACGCCAUGGGCUAGAGGGGGUGGACUUGCUGCAACCUCUUACCAAGACAUUGUCCACCGUUAUCUUUCGCUGUAUAAGUUAAAGGUGAGGCCUGUGAUUUAUCUUGACUGGCAAGCGAUAAAUAUGCUGUCUAGUUUGGUCUUUCGUGCCAAUGAGGGACACUGGAUAUUUGCCAGCCUAUCUGAACUACCAAAAACUGCAGUUGGAUGUUGUAAAGUUGAUGCUGUUUCCUUUUGUUGUUUGUAGCGGAUUUACAUGGAACGUGUA